AAAAGAUUUAACUACUAUAAUGAUACAAACAUUCACAAAUAAUGUGGAAAGCUUUGAAAUCUGUUCCGUAGAAAAUUCCAUGUGACGAAUCUGUGGCCGUCCAACACCUGCUGGAAUCUCAGGUGAAACUAUCUGCGUGCACGCGCAUAUGCACAGGUAUUAUGAUUCCCAGCUGAUCCAUAACCGCAUUAAAAGAGUCGUUAUAACUAGUUAGAAGAACGUCAUUUGGCAUAUAACUAACGCGAAGGUAGCUACCAUUAUUUGUGUUUUAGUUUUUACUGCAACAUCGUCAAACUAGGACACAUAACCUACGUUUUCCACCCGUUGGUCCUGACGCGCAAGACUAAAAUCAAAAACAAGAAUGGGUCAGUCAGGAAGCGGGCAAAGUCAUAUUUCUUCGAGGGAUUUUAUAACCAAAUCAGACUCAUGCUCAGGUCUGCAUUCAAAUGUUCCUCUAGCUGUGGUUGAGGAGAUCCUACUAAACCUGCCGGCUCAUCAGGUGGUGCGAAUCUGCCGGCUGGUGUGUCGUGAGUGGAAGGAGCUGGUGGACAGUAAUGCACACUGGAGAGAGCGCUGUCGGAGAGAGGGAUUUCAGCCACAUAAUGCUUCCAGACCACCAGAUGACUGGCGCAUGUUUUACUUCUUAUCUAAGAAACGACGUAACUUGAUCAAGAAUCCCAGAGCAGAAGAGGAGUUCAGCGGAUGGAAGAUUGUACAGAAUGGUGGUGACUGCUGGGCGGUAGAAGAUAAUUAUAUUGAAAUCCCAAAUUGCAGAAUCUCAAAAUAUUUUGUCACCUCUUACUGGUUAUGUUUGAAGGAACAGCUGAUUGAUUUGAAGACAGAAGGCUACAGCGCUGCUUUCAUGGAUCAGCUGCAACCUCCUAUCAAAAUAUCCGACUGGUACGCCCCGCGCUGUGACUGUGGGAGUGUGUAUCACAUCACUGUAGAGUUGCUUGAUCAGAAGAAGAAACCCAUCCAUACCUUUGAACCUGAACCAGUUUCCUUUCCACAGUGGAACGAUCAGCAGUGGUGUGAAAUGACACAUGUCUUUAAGGAUUAUGGACCUGAGGUUCGGUUUGUUCGUUUCACUCAUGGCGGAAAGGAUACACAGUUCUGGGCGGGCUGGUAUGGGAUACGGGUCACUAACAGCAGUGUGGAGAUCUGUCCAGCUGAAGAGAGAUAGUGUUUCGCUGUCCGAAUUUGUUCUCUGUUAUGAGAAAUGCUGUUAUGCGUAUCUGUGAACUUAAAGGGACAGUUCACCCAAAAAUGAAAAUUCUGUCAUUAAUUACUCACCAUCAUGUU